UAAUCGGCCGUGGUCGGGCCUUGGCUGCGGUGAGCGUUCGUCUCUUCAGGCGGCGGGUUUCUGAGCUGACUGCUCACUCCCAUAAUGAGAUGCUUCUGUGAAGCUGCUGCUGUUAUGGUGUACAGUUGAUGCUGCUCUGGCUAUGGCUGAUAGCGUUAGGACGUUCCUUCUGGAUGUAGCUAAGGGCAUAAAAGAUUCCGUCUUCGGAAUCCGAACCAUCUCCAAACUUGAUGAGCGAAUUCACCAGAAGCGAGAAGAACAAAGGAGGAAGAAGGAACAGCGCAGUGUACUUGCGCACCGGAGGGCCCAGAUUGAGGACAAGAGAGAGGAAAAUGAGCCGCGAAUAGCACAUCGGAUCGUGCAGUGUUGUGCCUGGAAUGGAGGAAUAUUCUGGCUGAGUAUCCUGGUCUUCUACAGAGUCUUUAUCCCUCUGCUUCAAGCCAUCACUGCACGCAUUAUUGGUGACCCCUCAUUACAUGGAGAUGUCUGGUCCUGGCUGGAAUUUAUCCUGAACUCCACUUUCAGUGCUUUAUGGAUAUUGCCUCUCUUUGUCCUCAGUAAAAUAGUGAAUGCCAUCUGGUUUCAGGACAUUGCAGACCUAGCAUUUAAAGUGUCUGGGAGGAAAGCACAACCCUUCCCCAGUAUCAGUAAGAUUAUCGCAGACAUGCUCUUCAACCUGCUUCUGCAGGCCUUAUUCCUCAUUCAGGGGCUGAUAGUGAGUCACUUUCCCAUUGAAAUCAUUGGACAGCUGGGCAGCCUGUUCCACAUGUCAAUGCUGUAUUCUCUCUACUGCUUUGAGUACAAAUGGUUUAACAAUGGGGUGGAGAUGCAUCAGCGCUUGUCCAACAUCGAAAGGAAUUGGCCUUAUUAUUUCGGCUUUGGAUUGCCUUUGGCUGUCCUCACUGCUCUGCCAUCAUCCUAUGUGAUCAGUGGCUGUUUGUUCUCCAUUCUCUUUCCUCUAUUUAUAAUAAGUGCAAAUGAAGCAAAGACCCCAAUGAGAUCGUUUCAUUUCCAGCUACACCUCUUCUCCUUCGUGAUCAUGCUCAGCAAUAAACUCUUUCACAAGACAGUUCGUAUCCAAUCUGCCAUGACAACAACAGGGUCAUCUGAGCACCUGCCAUCUCCUCAUCCGUCCCCAGCAAAACAGAGACCUACAACACAGCAGUAGACUCCAGUUGAGGGCAUAAUGCUUCCUGCCCCCUACCUUUGCACAUGGUACACUCAAAAAUUAAUUUCCCAAGGCGGCAGGAUGGUUCUACUGGAGACAUUAUUGACGAGUAGCCACAAUUCGCUUGUGUCUUUGUUGUGAAUGUGGAUUGUACCUGGUACUCCAGAUCUGCCAUCCACCUGUCUAACCCUCCUCUCUGAAUCUGUAGAAUUCACCCACGUGUUACCGAGCUGGGAAGUAGAAGACUUGAACUUCCGUCUGAUUUUAAAGUGGUACACUUUUAUGUACAAAGCAUUUUAUAGAAUAUGUGCGAGUGAGAGAGAAUUCACAGCUGAAAUAUUAGCUGACUUGUGCCUGAAUGUUACUUUUUGUACACAUUUGUGCCAAGUAUGUGACUUACAGAACAUAGUGCGUUUCUUUUUGUUGUUUUGCAGGGUUGGGGUGGGGGGGCUGCCAGAGUGAGAGGAAUGGUGUGUGAGGUUGUGAAACGUAACCGUGCUUGUGUCAGUAUUAGUCUCAGUCCAGAUAACCAUCAGGGAUUUCGUAAUGAAAACGGUAACUUGUGUUCUGGUUCAAUAUUAAACCAGUAAUAAUUAUGGUAAUUAUAUUUGUGAUCCCAUCAAGUAAAUGAAGAAGCCUGAUUUGUUUUAUUUUGAAAAUUCAGUGAUUCUUUUCGAAGAGGAGGGAUGGAGUACUGCAUUGGAGUUCACAAAAUCUUAUUCCUUAGAGACUGACAGGUGAAGCGAUUCUCAAUAUAAAAUCGUGCGCUAUUUAAACUGCCUCCAAGCCUGAUGUGUUUUACUUAGGAACCACCUUGAGGCUAAAUUGACAGUGUUCAUACUGCUUACGUUUAGGUAUGUGGCUAAAUCUCAGACUGGCUGACACUCUCACUGAACAAAAAUAAGUAACAUCAUUGAGUGUUAUGAAUACUGUUGACACAAAUUGUAGGGUGGGUGGGAUGACUUAAAGAUAAAUGGUCAAAUCUGUUCAUCUUCUGACCUAUCAUCCAUUUGGUAAGAUCAUGCAUUAGUGCUGUCCAAACUUUGUGGUUUGUUUCAGUUCUUUACUUAUUGACAUUUACUAACAUAUUUAUUGAAUUCAUUGCUGUUCAGUGCCCUCUGCUCUCCCACCCCAACCCAAUAAUUGUUGAUGCUUGAAUCUGGCCAAGCCUCUUCAAGAUAUUCUCAGUUGACCUUCAUUUCAUUGUUGAUGAUACUUUUCCUUUGGGUGAAUCUCAAGUUAUAUCAAACUCUUCAAGAAGUGCGCAAGUUGUUACAGUAAUGAAAAUGUAGCCACACAUAAUGAGUUAGCUAUCAAGUCCACUGAAAAUGUGUGUUGUGUUCCAACAGUUCUGAGUAUAGAGUUCCCUGUACAACUGGGAGUGCUGGGGGAAGGGGAUGCGAGGGGUGAAGAGAGAGAGAAUUGAUUAUUGCUUCCUUCUGUGCAGAUUGUCAUUAGUGGGGGGUUGCAAGUGGCCUCCAGAAAUGAAAGAAAGAACAGAAAACAUAUUUAUGGUGAGGUAAAGAACAUUUAAAAACAUGCCGCUCAAUCUUGGCAGUUUCUGAGUCAGUGUCAGUCAUAUUGGCCUUCAGUAAGAAACAGGAACUCUGCAAUGACAUACAGUGGAGCAGACUAUUCUUCUUUCACCAUUAGGAUUUGAGGUUGAAUAUGUGUGGAUGGAGGAGGGGCUGGGUAGGGGGUUGCACUAUUCUAUGCCUACUGACAACUGCUUAAAGCCCACUGUGAAAUGAGUUUUCGGAGCUUUGAUCCAAGCACAAAUUCUCCCUCCCCCUCCUCCUUUCAACCACACCUCUAAAUCGAUGUAUUUACUUGUGUUGCUUUUUUCAUCCAUUUUUUGCCCUGCCUCAUCUCCCAAAAAGCCAUAGCGCCUUGAUUAGGUACAGAUCCACAGGUAGCAUCUUAACUCCUCAUCCUGGGUACUGAGAUCACAAGAUGUUUACAAGCAAAGGCCCCAUCCAGAAAGAGCUUACAAGUCCCUGUCACACCAUAAAACCAUUCCAGGGUUUUCAUCUUCACUGUCUUAUCCAUAAACUAUAACUUCACCUUGUUAAUCUGAAAUUCCUAAAACAAGUCCUAAAUUGGCCUUUAAACCUAUGUUGUCUUGUUUUACUGUCAAUUUUUAGUUUGAAAUUAUGUUCCAAAUCUCUGUGUGCUGUCCUGUAUACUUCUAUAAGAUCACUGGUCAAGUCCACUCCUAGACUGAAAAGGCCAAGUUUCUCCUCGCUUUUUUUCACCUAAUUCCGUCUUCUGAUGAGCCUCGCAGCUUUUCUCUCAACUGCUUCUGGGGCUGCAGUGUUUACCAUGUUUCUUGGUGACCAGGACCAGUUAAAACAACUGUCUGAGGCAAACAACCUAUGGUCUGGUGGUGCACUGAAGGAGCUAAUUUAAAGUGGUUGACAAAAGAUGUUUAAAACCCUCCAAUCUUUGAAUGUGUUUAAUGCAUUCAACUUUUUUAACUCACCAAUUGCUUUGUGUGUCUCUGAAGAAACAGAACAACCAGUUUUAUGAUCUACUAUAGUCAGUGCCAUUCUCUAGAUCCACCAGACUCCUGUGAUCUAGCCUACAGUACCCUCCUUUAGCCAGUGCCUCUCUGUGACCAACAACCUGUUGUGGUUAGUAUAUCUUUGAUUACCAGCAGUACUCCAGCAACAGACUGGUUUUGGUUCACAAGUAUGAUCAGCAGCAUAUUGUAAAUGAUGAUGAGGAGAGUUCCUUCCCCCUGACCUGAGGUGAAAUUCACCAGUACCAUAAGCAGCAAACAUUUCUGCCUAUAGUAUACAGCAUAGAAGGGGAAACCAAUGUGUUUAUAUGUGGAAGAGAUUUGUCUUUUUGUCCAUCUAAGAUACCUGAUGGUUUCUGUUCUCAAUUAAAAUAGGAAGAACUUCAUUUACAGUGCACUAUGGAACCAAUGUGUCUGUAACGUCAAUGUAUAUAUAACAGAGAAAUUACUUCUGUAAAGCCAGCUUUUAAAAACCUCAACUCCUCUAAGAGUAAACAGCACAAGAAUAACAUGCACUAUUGUGCAUUAUUUACUAACAGUUAUUUUACUGCUGAUUUGAGCCUUAAUGUUGCACUAAACUAAUUAGUCAGCAUUGAAAUUGGAUCUUGGCAAGAUUUCUUACCCUGAAUAUAUAGGACUAGCUGCUCCACUAAAGAACAAGAUGAUUACACAGAUUCCACACACCUACGAACAGGAUACUAACCAUGCAGGAAGAUCAUCCUUUAUUGGAUUUUUGUGAUAUCCAAGAAGUAUUUGUUGAAUCUCAUAGCCCACAUAUGACUCUUUGUUUUGAGUGCCCACAACCCAUGAAAUGUUGAACUGAACUAAUUGUUAAUAUUCUGCAGAAGUUGCCAUUUCCAUUCUAGAAUCACUUGCAUCUUGCCUGAGAAAAUGGUAUAUCAUUUCUUUGAAAGUACGUUGUGUAGGAUUGAUCUGUUGAUGGUCUCUAAAAUGCAGGCUGCAAUAAAGGGCCAUACUUGAUUUUCUUAUCAGCCAAUGUAAUGGGACUUUCCUAGAAAACCCUUCGUUAAAUUCCCCCCUUUGAUUCAAUCCCCGAUCAUUAUUCUAUAUGUAAGCUAUCUGAGUCCCUCAUUUAGAUUGCAGCCUGUAACUCAUUCCCAGAUAUUCCGUAUUAUUGUAUAUUAAUUUCUAUAACAAAGGAAAUCUAAUCCAAAAGAAGACUGAUUUGUUGUGGUUAGUGCAUCUUUGAUUACCAGCGGUACCCCAGCAACAGACUGGCAUGGUUCACAGAUAUGCUCGGCAAUGUAUUAUAAAUGGGUUUAUUGGCAGAGAGCAUCUGAGUUCAACCAAGAACUGAAAUUAUGUGUUGUUUUAAUGCUGUGAAGUUGUUGCAUUUACACACCAAUUGAAGAGAUGCUGCGUGAAGCUCUGUAUUUAGUUGAUAAUACCCUUGGAAAGGUAUCUGCAAGGAUAAUGCUGGCUGAAGUUAACCUCUUUGUCUGCAUUUAAAAGCUCUGUAAUUUAAGGAGUGAGAUGUAACUAAGGUUUUUAAAUUUACAAUAGAGAGCAAUAAAUAAGGCAGGUUUCGUGGGUGUGCUUGCCAGACAGAUGUGAUACUAUUUAAACUAUUAGUGAUGGACCGUCAUUAUUAGUGGAGUGUGCCAGGUUAAAUGAAUAAACCAUUCAGAAGAAAAAUUAUAUUAUGAAAUCAAACUUGGAACAUUGUGAUAAGAAAAUAGCUAAACAUGAGCAGCUGGCACUGCACCUAACACAGCACAUACAUUAAGAGCAAAGGGUUGAAAUUCAGUUCAGUGCUAUUUUUUGCUUGUGGAUUAGACCAUAAAAUUCCUCAGAGUACUACCUGGAUGAAGCUGUUGUUAAUCUGAUGCUUGCAUGCAUGCUGCUGCUGCAAGCAGGAAUCACUGGAUAGAAAUCAGGAGUGGGAGCCCCUGCUGAUUUUCCCCAAUCACCAUCGCUGCCCCAUCUCCUCCCCACCCCCAUUCAUAAUUCUGGGCUGAGGCCAGUUGUAGAAUUCCCAAUGCCACCUGAUCAUUCAGCACCAAACAGGAAUUGACCUGGGAUUCUCUCCCCUCCCUCAGUUUGUGUAUCAUGCCAAACAUUGCAUAUACCCGACCAUGUACAAAUUAAACCUACUUUGCAAUCUGCUAUUUCCAGGCUCUUUUUAAACUAAGUUUUAUCAACUUUUGCAGAAAAGUUUGAAAAAAGUAAAUGUAUGGAUCGUGGCCAGUCAGUAGGAAAUUAGUUCGUACCGACUAAUUAAUAUGCAAGGUCCCUGUCUUUAGAUUUAAAGCAAUAAAACUCCAAAUGGAACAUUUGAGGUUUGUUUCAAUAAAAUCAAGGAAAAGGCGACCAAUACAGUUCUAUAUCUGCCUGUUUACAUAUCUUAAAUGUGUUAAAUUUGUGUUUACUUACUCCAAAAUUAAAAUAUAUAUCUAAUCACCUCAACAGUGAAUGCAAGGAGGCAUUCAUUCAGGAACUUCCCAAUCCAGGGUGAGAUAAUAAUGCUUCACAUUUGUUUGUACCAAAUUUUAUUUUGUUUUAAAAAUUCAGAAGCAAAAGGAACCAAUGUAGUUGACCGUUAAAAUUCAUUUUAAAAGAAGUUCUGGAUGCCCUAUUUAUGCUGUGACAUGGUUCACUGACAUUGAAUUUGAUGACACACACGGCUACUUAAAAACUUACUGUGGACUCUACCCCCUCCAAUCUCAUUACAUAAUCACGGAGAAAAGGCUCACUGGAGCUUUUUGUUUAAUUCAAAAUGUCAAAAUUUGCCCGCAAUUGACAGGCACCAAUUGCAGGCUGAAGAACUCUUUGAUGCUAUCAGAUCUGAUCCUUCCAGUCCAGUUGAAAGUCAUUUGCCCCCUGCUGGAAAACCUUUCUUUUAUUAUAACGCAUUCACCCCAAGGGAGUCCUGGCAGCAUUCAUUUCAAUAUACUGUACAGGAAGUCACCAAGACUCAACAGUUAUAUCGAAUGGUAGUAUGUGUUGCUCCAUGUUAUAAAAAAGAGCUUUGACAGUGAAUGCUGCUUUUGAUUUAAGUUAGUUCCAGGCUGUGUUGUGUCUGCCUCACAGAAAACCGUCCUUAGCAUAGUAAGUUGCACAUAACUUAUGAUUGUACUCUUUGUUUCAAUUAUAUUUUGUGUAACUUGUUGUGGACUUGACAAACUCCCUAUUGUGGUGUAAGUGAAUUGUUUACCUGCCAGUAAUGUCUGUGGGGCUUCAGUGAUCAUGGGUCAUUUAAUCUCCCUGCCCCUUUUCUCUACUUUUUAAAAUGUAUGCUUUAACUCUUUCAUCCAUGGAGCUCCUCCCACUGUGAGGCAUGGUUCAGUCCAUGAAGAUACCUCCAACUAUGAAUUCAGUACCUUUAUUUCCUUUGGUUAAGAGAAUGCAGUUUAUAGACAUGACUUUAUUCAAUGCACCUUUUCAGGCAAUUCACCAAAUGCAAGAAGGGUAUAAACAGUUUCCCUCCUUGCUCUCUCUCACCUGUGCCAGACUGAUUAGCCAUUUCACUUUCAGUCAAAUCUAGGAUUUUGUUUGUACUUUCCUGACACUAGCAUUGUAACUGCUAGGUUUCCAGCAUUCCCCUGUGUAAUGUGACAUUAAGUUCACAGAGCUCCCAUGCGCAAUGCCCUAUUUAGAUGGCAAGACUCUCUUUCAACCUUGCAGGCACCGUCCACAGAGCUCCUCAGGCAUUAGCGUGCUCUGCUGUGUGAUACACCGUUAUACUUAUACUGGUCUGUAAUGAGGGCAGAUUGCAAUUGCCUUGAUAACUGGAAAUGUUGCCUCACUGGUGAAAAAGUUGAGCCAACUGAAUUACUGAGAGAUGGACAGAGCUAAAGGCUAUUUCUUCAUCCUGUCCUUCCCACCCCUGAAGGUCAGGUCAGGUAGUGGUGUCCCCAUGUAGCCACUCUUCAGUAUGAGCUUAGAUGCUGAUUAUCAGCAGGAUGUGAUCACCUCCAAGAUUGAUCCUAACAUUUAUCACAUGCAGCAGGGGUCACUGAACAUUAACUAUUGUGCUCCAACUUUUGCUCAGGCUGAGAGCUUACUCGACAGAGCUCGGGCUAUGACCUGGGAUCUCCCUGGUUGGUCUAAGCCUAUCACACCACAUGCAGUAUUAACUCGACGAUUAUCCAGGGGACCACCUUCUCCAAAUAUUCUAAAUGGUACAGCAUUUCCUAUAACCAAAAAAGGGAUGUAAAAUAUUAUUUCGUAGUUAGAGGAUGCUGAAGGACAGUGUCCUGAGGUUUCAAAUCAAGCUGCUUUUAAUCCUUUAUAUGAAGGACAAUAUUCAACUUUAUUGUAAUGUGCAUUUUCAGAUUUCAUAUAAAGCAUGUUGUUUUCCAACUGCAGCAAGCUUGAGCUGUUCAAUUUUCACUUUUUAAGAAGGAACAAGGUCUGUCUUAACGUGCUAUGUUUUGUGAACUUGUACAAAGUAAUUUUAAAAGUCGUAUUUGACACAUUGUAUGCUUUUGUAAGAAGGACUUGGUCCUCAGCCCCUGUCGUAGACUGAGGACUAUAAAAAAUGGAGCUCAAAAUGUAUUUGAUAUUUGUCAGUGUACACACCACUAAACGUGAAAAUAAAAGUACUUGUACAA